AUGUUUUCAGAUUUAUUUAUAUCAUUUGGCCUUAAUAUUGAUUAUCUACUUGCAUCUGCUUUUGUGUCAAGUUUUAUCGCAGCAUUCAUGACAGUUAUUGUGUAGCUAAUUACUUACAGUGAUUGCACAAAUAUUUAAGCCAAUCAAAAGCUUCGUAACAAGUAUCAUGUAAGAUGCGUCGAAAUAGGUGUGUCAGAAAAAAGUAUGGCCGACCACACUAGUUGUUGUUUACCUUUUGAUUUCUGGCAGUCAGUUGUUUAGAAUCAGAUGUUAUUGAUAUGAUUCAAUGCAUAAAAGGUUAGUGCACAUGCAACAUCUAAUAGAGUCACGUAUGUUACUGAAUGAAAAAGCGCGGCCAUGUUGCUUGUUAUGUGCGUCGAAACUGGUGAGUCUGGGAUACAAUUCUGAAUCUGGCAAGAUGUUUUGCACCUUUUGUAUUAAAACAUCAAACGAGUGUGUUUUUACCACCGGGUGUUCUAAUUUCAAAGUGGAAACACUAAACGCUCACCAGGAAAGCCGUGGACACCAAAAGGCUGCUGGUGAACAUCAUGCAAAAUCUGCCCCCACCCACUCCAAAACGAGUGAGGCAGCAAAUUGCCUGUUAAAACUCAAGCAAAAUGAGUAUCAAAAAUUAAUUAUAAAGUUUAGGACAGCUCAUGCCCUUGCUAAAUCACACCAGAGUUUUAAUUUCUAUAACACCAUCUGCCGGUUAGACAAGGUCAAGGGCUUAGAUGUGGGAAAGAGUUACUUAAACGACAAAGCAGCAGCCUCUUUCACUAAAGCCAUUGCCGAAGUUUAUAGGCAAAAAGUGCUGCAGAAACUUCGCCAGUCACCUUUUUUUUCUUUUACCAUCGAUGGAGCCACUGACUUUACCGGAGAGGACUUGGAAAAUAUUUAUGUCAGAACUUGUAUCCAGGGGCAGAUACAGGAUACAUUCCUGUAUAUUGGAAGCGCUGAGUCUGCAACAAGUAGAGACAUUCAUAACCUGAUAUUAAAAGUAUUCGAAGAAUAUGGAAUUUCCGAUGUUUUUGAGAAGAGGCUUGUGGGAUUUUGUGCUGACGGAGCCUCCAACAUGCAAGGCCUCAAGUCUGGACUAGCUGCACUGAUACGGGAGCAGCAGCCAUACUGUAUCAUUACCCACUGUCUUGCUCACCGGCUUGAGCUGGCUUUCAAGGAUGCCAUCAAAACAUCAUCAACCAGCAAACUGUACGACAAAACCUUGACGCUGCUGAUUGGGCUGUACUAUUUGUAUCGUAGAAGUCCAAAGAUGAAAAAACAGUUGAAGAAUGCAUUUACCACAAUGGAGAUCAAACAGGUCAGUGCAAAAGAUAAAUGA